AGCAUUUUGCUCAAGGCUUGCACUUGUUCAAAUUGGCUCUACACAACGGGUGAUUGAAGGAUGGACGGGCCUCACAUCGGGCUUGCCAUGGACGAGGAACCCAUCAAACUGAAUGCUUCAACCUCUCCAAAGCCAGGAAACAUGCUGCGUGGCGCCGAGGAUGUCGGGCUCGUGAUCUUGCAGUGCGACGAAAUUCUGCGGAGGCUUGAUUUCCACGCCGAGCUCCUGGAGAAAGCGCUUCUAAGGCAUCCUGCACACCCGCCUCGGAUUUGUGAAAAGUUGGAGAAACAAGCUGCAGAAGUACCAACACCCACUGCGCAUAGUGCCCAGUCGCCCGUUGCAAAACUGCCAGGAAGACGUCCGUCGUGCACCCCAAGUAUGCAAUUGUUUACAACUUUUACCCAAGCUGAUUUGGCUUUGAGGCAGAGAGCGGCUGAGGUGGAUGGCUCAGUGGCUAGACAAGCUUUUGCCGAUGCAUCUGUAUCUGAAAUGAAAGAUGUCCCGGAGACCAGAUUGCAGCGUUGGGUUCGGAAUCCGGCUUUUGACACCUUCUUUGCUCUUGUGGUGCUGGCCAAUUCAAUCUUUGUUGCUUUCCAGGUUCAGGAAAGCAUUGCGAAUUCCCAAGAGUCGACGGCAAUGACAGUGACGCAGAUUUGCUUCACUGCGCUCUUCACUGUCGAGCUGCUGGUGAGGUUCGCUGCAUUUGGUUUGGCAGUGCUCUGCUCAGAAGACAGGUGGUGGAUUCUGCUUGACAUAGUCAUCGUCACCAGCUCCCUUUUUGAGGUCACUCUUGGCUUAGCCAUGAGCGGUAGCUCCCAGCAAGUCUCAAACGUAAGCAGCCUCAAAUCCAUCCGAAUCAUUCGCGUGACACGGAUCCUGAAAACCCUCCGCUUGGUGCGGGUCUUUCGCUUCAUCAUGGCCUUGCGCACUUUGGUGACCUCCAUUGUCUACACUUUGCGGUCCCUGUUUUGGGCUAUGGCUCUUCUGCUUCUGAUCGUGUACGUCUUCGCAGUGCUCCUGGCGGAAGCGGUGAGUGGGUAUGUCCAAGACCCAAGCAACCCUGCCUUGCCAGACGUGGAAGCAGCAGCUGUGGAAAAGUACUAUCGAUCUCUCUUUCACACAAUGCUAAGCCUGUUUAUGAGUAUCUCAGGUGGCGUGAGCUGGCAAGAGGUUUUAGCUCCAUUGGAAUACAUAUCGAGCAUGUGGGUGAUGGUUUUUCUCUUUUAUGUGGCAUUCACGUAUUUCGCCGUAUUGAACGUGGUAACAGGCGUAUUUUGCCAGUCCGCCAUUGACAGUGCGCAGAACGAUCAUGCAAACGUGGUCCAGUCAAUGCUGGCAAACAAGGAGGCCCACGUCGAGAAAAUCCGGGCCCUCUUCAGCCAGCUCGGUGCGGACAAGACGGGCAUCAUCACCUAUGCCAUGUUUGAAGAAGGGCUGCGCAGCCCGCCCGUCAUCGAGUACUUUGAAACACUAGGCCUGGAUGUCUGGGAUGCAUGGUCUUUCUUCAAGCUUUUGGACUUGGAUGCUGGUGGCUCCGUGGAGAUUGAAGAGUUCUUCAAGGGCUGCCUGCGGCUGCGCGGCCAGGCGCGGGGCGUGGACGUCGGGAAGCUGCUUCACGACCAGCGCUGGCUCAUCAAGGCGCAGGGCCGCUUCCAGACCUACGUGGAGGCGAAGGUGGAUGAGAUCACAGAGCAGCUGUCUGAGCUUAGCGGCAUGCCGUACAAGCCCUUCAUUCGGGGCAUGUCUCCAGUGGACGCUGACGACUCCAAGCUGUGAACCGGGUGAUGCCUGCACAGCGAGCGUUGAAACAGUUUUUGCCGCUUCUUGGGCUGGCUGGAGGCCGGCACCGCCAAGCAGUGCCAAGCCAAGCAGCCGAGUAGGGCCAAGCACUGCCAAGCAGUGCCAAGUAGUUGUCACCUCUAGUGACAAGUGCGGCCGUGCCCGGCCUUGGUCCUCUCCACCAUGUACCAAAACA